UUGGGGGUCAAAGGUUCUCAGAAUGAACUUUGAACCCUACACAUGUCAAAUCAAAAUACCAACAUUGGGACAACUUAAAAUCUAGAUCUACAAAAUACAAAAGACUACAACUAACUUAAAAAUUUUAAAAUAUGGCAACAGAUGGAAUUGCAGAUUCUGAUAGUUUAUUUCUUGGUUUUGAUUUCAGCACACAGCAAGUCAAAGUUAUAGCUGUCACAGAAACUUUACGUGUUGUCUAUGAGAAACAUGUGCAAUUUGACUCUGAUUUACCUGAAUUUGGGACACAUGGUGGUGUGCAUGUUCAUGAAGAUGGUAUUACAGUAACUGCUCCCACCAAAAUGUGGGUUAGAGCUUUUGAUGUUCUGUUAGAAAAAAUGAAAGGAGACAAUUUUCCAUUCCAAAAUGUGGUUGCUCUCUCAGGAGCUGGUCAGCAACAUGGGAGUGUGUACUGGAAAAAUGGUUCAAGGCAAAUUUUGAGGAAUGCAAAUCCAGAUGAAUCUUUAUUUAAUCAGCUUAAGCACUGCUUUAGUGUUGAAGACUCUCCAGUUUGGAUGGAUUCAAGCACUAGCAGUCAAUGUACUUUGUUAGAAGGAAAAAUAGGAGGACCACAGGCCUUAGCACAAAUUACUGGCUCAAAAGCUUAUGAAAGAUUUACUGGAUCUCAAAUUAUGAAAAUAUUUCAGACAAGAAGAAAUGCUUAUGAUAAUACUGAAAGGAUAUCUUUAGUAAGUAGUUUCGCAGCAAGUUUAUUUAUUGGAGAUUAUGCUGACAUUGACUACAGUGAUGCCACUGGAAUGAACUUACUGGACAUUUGGACUAAAGAAUGGUCACAAUGUUGCCUUGAGAUAUGUGGUAUAGAUCUAGAAGCAAAACUUGGGUCUCCUAUUCCCUCAGCCACAUGUAUAGGGAAAAUUUCACAAUACUUAAUCUCAAGAUUUGCCUUCAAUCCAGACUGUAUUGUUGCAGCCUUUGUUGGUGACAACCCAGCAUCACUUGCUGGGCUAGCACCAGAAGAAGGAGAUGUGAUUGUCAGUCUUGGUACAAGUGAUACAGUGUUUGUGUGGUUGACCCAACCUGUACCUGGUCUUACUGGACAUAUUUUUGCCAAUCCUCUCAACAGAGAUGACUUUAUGGCUUUAACAUGUUUUAAAAAUGGUUCUCUAACAAGAGAGCGAAUCAGAGAUGAAAGUGCUGGUGGUUCGUGGGAGGUUUUUAGUGAAUUGCUCAAGAAAACGCCUCCUGGUAACAAUGGAAACUUAGGCAUUUAUUUUGAUAUGAUGGAAAUACAACCUCAUGCUAAAGGUGUAUUCAGGUUUGGUGACCAGGGAAAUCUGGUCGAUUCCUUCUCACCUGAGGUAGAGGUAAGAGCUGUGUUGGAAGGUCAAUUUGUAGCUCGUAGAGUACAUGCUGAAAAAGUUGGCUGUAAAUUAGGUAAUAAAACAAGAAUCAUUGCAACCGGUGGAGGAUCAAAAAAUAAAGACAUCUUACAGGUUCUUGCUGAUGUGUUUAACACACCUGUCUAUGUUAAAGAUGUGCCAAAUUCUGCUUGCCUAGGAUGUGCAAUAAGAGCUAAACAUACAUCAUUAGGGGGAGAUGUGACAUAUUCUCAAGUUGCUCAUAUACCACAUUGUCCUUUUAGCAUCAUUAGGGGGAGAUGUGACAUACUCUCAAGUUGCUCAUAUACCAUGUUGUCCUUUUAGCAUCAUUAGGGGGAGAUGUGACAUAUUCUCAAGUUGCUCAUAUACCACAU